CUCCUUUGUACCCUUUCUGCCCUUUCUGACCUUGUCUGACCUUCCACACGUCUUCGAUUACAGAAAGUGGACAAAGCCAUCCUGAAACCUCCUCGCACUGGUUCCAGUCCACAACAGGGUCCCGGAAUCAAUUACUCUUGCGAGAAGCCUCUGCUCCGACGACAAACCGGCAACACCAAAAAAAAAGAAGAGGAUGUCUCCCAUCACCUUGAAAACCCUCUCGGCGCUGCGCGUGUUGAUCGGGGCGUCGUGCCUGCUCGUACCCCGCCACGCGGGCAUGCUGUUCGGCAUCCCCCUCGCGCCGGGCCCGGAGGGCGUGCUCCUCGGCCGCAUGACCGGGGUCAGGGACAUCGUGCUCGGCGCGUACCUGUGGAAGACGGUCCGGGGGUGGGAGGAGGUGGCGAAAGGAGACGCCGGCGCGGAUGGGAGUCGUGCGCCGCUGCUCUUCAACAACAAGGCCUCGUCCGGCGUCAAUACCACUGCCCCCACUAUCAAGAAGGGCGCAAGCACAGCGCCAGCACUACCGAGAGACAUUUCACCCCAGUCCCCGGUCCUUCCCACGGGGCUGGAGCACGGCCGCGGCCUCGGAGGCGGCGACGGAUACGCCAGCCUCGCCAGCCUCCAGCUGGCCGAGCGAGAAUCGGCCCUCCGCGCGGCGGUGUGGCUCGGCCUGGUCGUCGACACCAUCGACGCCGGCAGCGUCAUCGUCGGCUCGCUCCAAGGCAGCCCGCUGUCCGACCUCGCCAAGGUGACCGUCGGCGCCGGCGCCGUGGUCUUUGCGCUGAUUGCGGGCCAGCAUCUCGUCGCGCACAGGCGAGACUGA